CUCAGGGACAGAAUACUGUCGCGGUGAAAUAUUGCUGUUCUAAAAGUUUCUAAAAGAAUAGCAACUGACGGAUACAACUUGAAAGACAAGGAACGGGACCUUCGUCGAAAGUCUUAAAAUUAACUUUUCGUUUUCUUUUACGACUUUGUUAUUAUUUCUCACUUGAAGCCGAACAAAGGACUCUCAAAACUUCUCUACAACACUCGAUCCUGUUCACGAGCCACAUCCGCUUUAUGUAUUUGGAUUUACGACUUCUCUGCCGCCGUACUACUAUGGUCAUAAUGGAGGUUCCCACCAUCGACUGUAUGUCCCUGCGAUGCCUGAUGGAGGGGGCCGUCCCGAGCUGCCUGCUGCUGGACUGCCGUUCCUUCCUCUCCUUUAACUCGUCCCAUAUCUCGGGCUCCACCAACGUGCGCUUUAGUACCAUCGUGCGCCGGAGAGCCAGAGGCGGUCUGGGUCUGGAACACAUCGUCCCCAACGAGGACACCAGGAACAGGCUCCACUCCGGAGAAUACCAGUCUGUAGUACUGUUGGACGACCGCAGUCUAGACCUAAGUCAUGCCAAGAAAGACGGGACCUUGAUGCUGGCUGUCACGGCUCUGUGUCGCCACUCCUGUGUCGCCAAUGUUUUGAUUCUUAAAGGUGGCUUUGAAAGAUUUUCCACAGAGUAUCCAGAGAUGUGCACCAAACCCAGCCCCCCUCAGGGACUCAGUUUGCCCCUGAGCUCCAGCAUUCAGAGUGCAGACCCAAGCUGCAGUCCAUGCAACACACCCCUUUAUGACCAGGGAGGUCCUGUGGAAAUCUUGCCUUUCCUGUACCUUGGCAGUGCUUACCAUGCGUCCAGAAAAGACAUGCUGGACAUGCUUGGGAUCACUGCUUUAAUCAAUGUCUCAGCCAACUGCCCCAACCAUUUUGAGGACUCCUUCCUUUACAAGAGUAUCCCCGUCGAGGACAACCACAAGGCCGAUAUCAGUUCCUGGUUUAACGAGGCAAUAGAGUUUAUUGACUCGGUGAGAAAUAAAGGAGGUCGCGUGUUCGUGCACUGUCAAGCAGGCAUCUCCCGCUCCGCCACCAUUUGCCUUGCCUACCUGAUGCGCACCAACCGCGUAAAGCUGGACGAGGCCUUCGAGUUUGUCAAACAGCGCCGCAGCAUCAUUUCCCCCAACUUCAGCUUCAUGGGUCAGCUGCUUCAGUUUGAAUCCCAGGUCCUGGCCACGUCCACGUGUUCGUCAGAGGCGAGCAGUCCAGCCAUUGGCAACAGCAGCACAGUCUUCAACUUCCCCGUCUCCAUCCCCGUACACACAUCAGCCGGCCAGCUCUCAUUCCUCCACAGUCCCAUCACCACCUCCCCCAGCUGUUGAGGCGUUGGUUGGUUUCUCAGACUGUGUGUUCGAACUUGUACCGCAACACAUGCCUGACUGUAGAGAGAGCUGUGUGUGUGUAGUUUAUGGUGAUACUGGUCUAUCACCAGGACGACUGUGAACUUGUGACCAGGUUCGGCAAAUCUAACCUGAAUUUGCCGAGUGCAUCUGUGUAGGUCAAGGUCUCCACUUCAAGGGGAGAUCUGAUAACUACCGUAAGCAGUAUUGACCCUGACUCUCCCCGGCCCCCAAUGUGAAUGGCAAACACAAUUCCAAAAUCGGGGUGACUUGGAAUUUGGUAUCAAUGACCGUUAAAUUAAUCCCUUAACGGGGGAUAAUAUAAGUACCUGAAUAUUUUCUAUUCAAAUGUUUCUCAAAGGAAGGAAUCUGCUCUUGAUAAUCACAUUCAUGUUGUAAAACUAAACAAACCUACGGAAGUCUCAGGAAUGUUGAUACACCCUCUCACUUGCCCGGUUGUCUUUCUGCCCUAGCUAAAGAAAGCAAUUCAAAGCUCCUUGACGUUUUAACGAACAAUGAAUGUAGCGCCCCCUUCGUGUGCAGUUUGAGAGCUGCGUGCCUUAAAAGAAAUCAUGACAAAGCUUGACUAUCCUGACACAUUGGGGAAAUCAACCAUUGAAUACCUCAUGUUUAUGUACUGUGUACUGUUCCACUGAGGCUGACAGCACCCCAAAAACUAAGAACAGGGGGUCGUGUAGUCCUCAGUGUCUGGAUUCUGACAUAUUUAUUGAACUAAAGUAAUAUAUAUCUUUAUCAUAUCUAUUUUUUCACAUGUCUGUUGAACUUUGUUUUGUUUUUUUAUACCAUGCAAUAAAUCUCUUGACUUUGUA